AUGGCGAUUACAUCGGAUGAAGUGAAUUUCCUCAUUUAUCGAUACUUACAGGAAUCUGGCUUUCUUCAUUCAGCAUUUACAUUUGCCUAUGAAAGUCAAUUAGUCAAGUCCAAUGUGAUUCAGACGGAACUUCCACCUGGUGCCCUUGUAUCAUUUAUGCAAAAGGGAUUACAAUAUGUUGGAAUUGAAGCUCAUAUUAAUGAAGAUGGGACGGAGCGUGAAUGCGAUGGAGACUUUUCAUUGCUGAGUCCACAUAUUUGUCGUGUAGCGCAGUCUGCUUCGAGUAGUGCUAGGUCGUUUAAAGCUUCGAAUAAGCGGAAGCGGAAGGGAGAUGGCUCACCGGAUACGGUGGAUGGUACGAAAGAGAUGAACGGUGUGGAUAAACUAGAUAAGAAGGCACUGAUACUUCUCAGUGGACAUGAGAAGGAAGUAUACGCGUGUUCGUGGAAUCCGGUAAAGAACGUUUUGGUUUCUGGAUCCAGCGAUUCGACAGCCAGAGUCUGGGUGCUGCCGAAUAUAGUGGCAGAUAGGAAGGUAGUGGUUCCUAUGGUUCUUAGUCACGGAACAGGACCGCAUAAAGACGUCACAACUCUCGAGUGGAACCAUGACGGAUCUGCGCUGGCGUCUGGAACGUACAAUGGUAAGACACGGAUUUGGGAUGCGGAGGGAGAGAUGAAGCACAUAUUUCAGUACCACAACGGACCCGUGUUCGCAACGCGGUGGAGCAAGACUAGUUUGUUUCUGCUCAGCGUCAGCUUCGACAAGACAGUUGUUGUGUGGGAUGCUACUACUGAAACGAAAAGGCAACAGCUUACGCUUCACGAUGACCCGAUACUGGAUGCAUCGUGGAAGGAUGACUCGACUUUUGCUACAUGCUCGUCCGACAUGAGUAUUUGUGUUGUUCGUGUGGGGAAAAUGAAGGCUGAUGUAGUGCUGCGGGGACACAAGGAUGCGAUUAAUUCGGUUAGGUGGGAUCCGUCUGGUCGACUUUUGGCAUCAUGUUCUGAUGACUACACGGUAAAAAUUUGGGACCCGUCGAAGGCUACUUGCAAGCAAGACGCAGUCGAUGAUGAUGCCAUGGAUGUCGGUAACAACAACAAAAAGAAUAAGGAGGUGGAAUUGGAUGCAGCAAGCUCAGCAGCACUAGUGUACACUUUGCAAGAGCACAAAAAAGAAGUGUACACAUUUCGUUGGAGCUGCACUGGUCCCGGUACAGCUUUGCCUGAUGAGCCUCUGAUAUUAGCCAGCGCGUCCUUUGAUGGUACCGUGAAGCUCUGGGAUGCCCAGUCGGGUUGUUGUAGGAGAACAUUUGAUCAUCAGUAUCCGGUAUAUGGUGUUGCAUUUAGUCCCGAUGGAGAGCAUUUGGCUAGUGGCACAGUAGGAGGAAUGCUCAACGUCUGGUCAUUAAAGGGCGGGUUUUUAGUCAAGACGUAUCAAGCAAAUGGCGAUAUCUACGAGGUCAAUUGGAACAAAGAAGGCGACCAGAUUGCUGCAUGUGUGUCCAGUGGUGACGUCGCAAUAAUCAAUUUUCGAUUGUAG